CCAUCCAUUCAUCAGUCAGUCCUCCAAUCCUGUCGCCGUCGCAUCUGCUGCCUGCCACUGCUCUGCAAGAAAACCCAGAGGCUAUAGCUUCUGUCUCCUCCAAUCCCGGCCGCCUCGGAGGAUGGGCUGCCUCCGCCGGCGGCUCUGCCUCGGCGGCGCCGGCACGCGUAUGCCAUUCUCAUCGCUCCACCUAGCUCACCUGCGCUCCGUUCCAGCUGACACUAGCUGUAGCAGUGUAGCUGUUGGUUCUUGGCUCGCUUCAUAGCUGAAUUAGCCUCGCGCUUCUGAGUUCAGAUGGCUGGAUUAGUUAGUGUGGCCUGCUUAAUUUUCUUGGGGUUUUGGCGUCUAUUCUGCCAACCAGUUGUUAGGAACUAAAGCACCGUUUGUUUCAUCGAGCAGGCUGAAUUUGGGUUGCAAACUCGCAGUUCAUUUAUGUCUCAUGCACAUGAGCGAAGUUUGCCGAAAUUGUGGCCUUCCUUUUUAGGUACUCUGCCAUUCUUGAGGAGAUUCAAGCCCAAGGAGAUCGAGGCUGCCACCAACGGGUUCACCACGGUCCUCGAGACCGGCCCCCGCGGCACGGCGUACAGGGCCCGCUUCGCCGGCGGCCUCGUCGCCACGGUCAGACGCGCCGGCUCCCGGGAUGACCGGGAGGAGGAGGGCGCCUUCUACCGGGAGCUGCAGCAGCUGGGCCGCCUCAACCACCGGCACAUCGUCAGGCUCCACGGCUUCUGCGAAGGCCACCGCAGCAGGUUUCUGGUCUUUGAUCACAUGGAGAACCAGAGCUUGAAAGAAUGCCUUCACGGUAGAAAUGCACACUUCAGAUUCAAUCCUCUCAGGACGCCGUUGGACUGGAGGACCAGAUUGCAGGUUGCUAUAGAUGUUGCAGCUGCACUGGAAUAUCUCUACUACUUCUGCGAUCCCCCGGUGUUCCAUGUGUCUGUCAGCUCGAGCAACGUGUUAAUGGACGCCAACUUCGUCGCGAAGUUAUCAGAUAUCAGUGUGAUCAUCCACGAUAUGAAGCGCGCAACAACCGAACCUAAUACCGCAUCAUUCCAAGACCAGGUUGAGCAGAGGAGGACGGACCUGGUGUUCCAGUACGGCGUGCUGGUGCUGGAGCUGGUGACCGGGCAGUCGUCGGGCGGCGACGGCGAGCUCGUGCGGUGGGUGCAGGAGCCCGGGUUCGCCGGCUCCAUGCACAGGAUGGUGGACGCGGAUCUUGGCAGCGCCUACGAUGCCAGGGAGCUCCGGGACCUUGUGAUCGUCGCGAGGCUCUGCACCAGGCACGGAAAUGACGCCGUGGUCUCUAUACCGCAGAUUGUGAGGUACUUGCAGGGGAAGGUAGAACGGCUUGGAUGUGAAAUCAGGUGUGGAUAAUUUGUGUAGGUUGUUGAGUAUUGCAUCUCUCUGCAUCAUCCUUGUUCUUCUUUUUCCAUUGCUUGUAGAAGGAUAUUUGAAUUUCUUCUUCUUCUUCAGGAAUAUAUUCAGAUAUUGUUCAUGUCAAUAGAGGAACUGAGGUGAUAAAUUUCAGUGAA